AAUGUAAAGGAUAAAAUAGUCAUUUCACAAAAGAUUUAUUCCUGCAACACAAUUGUGAUAUUCCCGCCUCCCUAAAAUCUCCAUUAAAUCUCUCUCCCUCUCUCUCUCUCUCUCUGCUUUCUGAAGCGUCUGAUAAUGUCUUCGACAGAAAUCGUUAAGAAUCGACAUCUAGGGUUUCUGAUAUGGCAAUCGGUCCACUCAACUGUCAUCUUCCUCUGCUGCAAAAUCUUCCUUCUCUCCCCUUUCUCCAAUAACCCUUUUUCUCCUUCUCUUCUUACCUUCCUUUCCUUCCUCACCUUCCAUCUUUCUCUCCUCCUCUUCUCCACGUCUCUGCUCCUUGUUUCCUCUCCCCAAUCUGAUCGUCCUGCAUCGGUUCCUGAGCUCAUUCAGUUUCUCCUCCGAUUCCUACUGCAUUCGGUACUUGGCGGUGGUGGGUCCCCGGAGCUUUCAGCUACCAGCUUCCGCCGCCGUGUGAGAACUUCACUUGGGUUUCUGCUUUUUGUGAUCAUCUCUGCUGCCUCGGGUUUUGUUGCUGUGGCUUCUGUAUGUCGGAACUCGGAGGCUAUUAGUGGGUUGCCGUUGAUUGGCAUAGGGUUGAGAGGGUCUGUUUUCGGAUUGCUAUAUGGAGUUUAUUACAUUUACAAGCAGCGUUGGGUUUUGGGGUUUCCCAUUAUACAGCGUCCUCCUUUUUUCAGUUUUAAGAUGGCGCUCCCUUCAGCUUUUAGAGAAUCUCUAAAGUUAUCGACCGUGGCUCUACUAUGUUCAUCUGUGCUGGUUGUGUUCCUGCCCAGUCAGUAUACGAGCCAGGGCACAAUGGUGCAAUUUGUUGUCAAUCAAAUUUUUUUUUACAUUGGAAGCUUUGUGGUUUCACUUUGUUGGGAACUAUGCCAUCAUUUACACCAGGUGGUUCAUACAAAGAGGUUCACAUUUGCACCACCAAAGGGGUCAGCUGCUGCGGAGACAAAUCCAUCUGAACCUCUCCUUGCAGCAUUGGAGGAAAGUACUCCAAGAUCUCUUUUGCAAUAUCUUGCAUAUCUUGAUUUGUGUAUAAUUUGUGAGAGCAAUGUUGACAUAUGGCGCCGAGCUGCCUUCUUUGAAGAAACUGGUGAGACUUAUAAAAGAGUUGUGGCGGUAUGCUUGAGGCCUCUUGAGAAACUGACUUCAAACCUUGGGGAAGGCUUGGAAGGUUGUUCAGGUGAUAGAACUGAUAAAUUAUCACAUCAGUUAUUGUCACCAGCUGAUACACGAAUGGAUUCAAAGCUCAACGAGUCAUUCAAUGACUUCCAG